AUGGCUAAAGUUAAUAUAAGCAAUGUAGUUGUCUUAGAUAAUCCGUCUCCUUUUUUAAACCCUUUUCAAUUUGAAAUUACGUUCGAAUGUUUGGAGGACUUACCCGAAGAUCUCGAAUGGAAGAUAAUAUACGUGGGUUCAGCCGAAAGUAUGGAUUAUGAUCAAGUGCUUGAUUCUGUUCUUGUAGGACCCGUUCCCGGAGGAAGACAUAUGUUUGUCUUUCAGGUAUUUGCCUCUCUCUCUGUGUGUCUUUGCCUCUCUCUCUGUGUCUUUGCCUCUCUCUCUGUGUCUUUGCCUCUCUCUCUCUGUGUCUUUGCCUCUCUCUCUCUGUGUCUUUGCCUCUCUCUCUCUGUGUCUUUGCCUCUCUCUCUGUGUGUCUUUGCCUCUCUCUCUGUGUGUCUUGCCUCUCUCUCUGUGUGUUUGCCUCUCUCUCAUGUGUCUUUGCCUCUCUCUGUCUCUGUGCCUCUCUCUCUGUGUCUUUGCCUCUCUCUCUGUGUGUCUUUUUGCCUCUCUCUCUCUGUGUGUCUUUGCCUCUCCUCUCUCUCUCUCUCUGUGUGUCUUUGCCUCUCUCUCUCUGUGUGUCUUUGCCUCUCUCUCUCUCUCUCUGUGUGUCUUUGCCUCUCUCUCUGUCUCUCUCUCUCUGUGUCUUUGCCUCUCUCUCUCUGUGUGUCUUUGCCUCUCUCUCUCUCUGUGUGUCUUUGCCUCUCUCUCUCUCUCUGUGUGUCUUUGCCUCUCUCUCUCUCUCUCUGUGUGUCUUUGCCUCUCUCUCUCUCUGUGUGUCUUUGCCUCUCUCUCUCUCUCUGUGUGUCUUUGCCUCUCUCUCUCUCUCUGUGUGUCUUUGCCUCCUCUCUCUCUCUGUGUGUCUUCCUCUCUCUCUCUCUGUGUGUGUCUUUGCCUCUCUCUCUCUCUCUGUGUGUCUUUGCCUCUCUCUCUCUCUGUGUGUCUUUGCCUCUCUCUCUCUCUGUGUGUCUUUGCCUCUGUCUGUCUUUGUGUGUCUUUGCCUCUCUCUCUCUCUCUGUCUCUCUUUGCCUCUCUCUCUCUCUGUGUGUCUUUGCCUCUCUCUCUCUCUGUGUGUCUUUGCUCUCUCUCUCUCUGUGUGUCUUUGCCUCUCUCUCUCUCUCUGUGUGUCUUUGCCUCUCUCUCUCUCUGUGUGUGUCUUUGCCUCUCUCUCUGUGUAUGUCUGCCUCUCUCUCUCUCUGUGUGUGUCUUUGCCUCUCUCUCUCUGUGUGUGUCUUUGCCUCUCUCUCUCUGUGUGUGUCUUUGCCUCUCUCUCUCUGUGUGUGUCUUUGCCUCUCUCUCUCUCUGUGUGUCUUUGCCUCUCUCUCUCUGUGUGUGUCUUUGCCUCUCUCUCUCUGUGUGUGUCUUUGCCUCUCUCUCUCUGUGUGUGUCUUUGCCUCUCUCUCUCUGUGUGUCUCUGCCUCUCUCUCUCUCUCUCUGUGUCUCUGCCUCUCUCUCUCUCUCUCUGUGUCUCUGCCUCUCUCUCUCUCUCUCUGUGUGUGUCUGUGCCUCUCUCUCUCUCUCUGUGUGUGUCUCUGCCUCUCUCUCUCUCUCUCUGUGUGUCUCUGCCUCUCUCUCUCUCUCUCUGUGUGUGUGUGUCUCUGCCUCUCUCUCUCUGUGUGUGUGUCUCUGCCUCUCUCUCUCUGUGUGUGUGUGUCUCUGCCUCUCUCUCUCUGUGUGUGUGUGUGUCUGCCUCUCUCUCUCUGUGUGUGUGUCUCUCUCUCUCUCUCUGUGUGUGUGUCUCUGCCUCUCUCUCUCUCUGUGUGUGUGUGUCUCUGCCUCUCUCUCUCUCUCUCUCUCUCUCUCUGUGUCUCUCUCUCUGCCUCUCUCUCUCUGCCUCUCUCUCUCUGUCUCUCUCUCUGCCUCUCUCUCUCUGUCUCUGUCUCUCUGUCUCUCUCUCUGUGUCUCUGCCUGUCUCUCUCUGCCUCUCCUCUCUGUCUCUGCCUUAAAUCCUCAAAUGUGGUUGUUUUUUUUUUUUUUUUUUUUUGUUUGUUUUUUUUUCCUGUCCUUUCUCUGUCCUUUCUCUGUCCUUUCUCUGUCCUUUCUCUGUCCUUUCUCUGUCCUUUGUCCUCUCUUUCUCUUUCUCUGUCCUUUCUCUGUCCUUUCUCUGUCCUUUCUCUGUCCUCUGUCCUUUCUCUGUCCUUUCUCUGUCCUUUCUCUGUCCUUUCUCUGUCCUUUCUCUGUCCUUUCUCUGUCCUUUCUCUGUCCUUUCUCUGUCCUUUCUCUGUCCUUUCUCUGUCCUUUCUCUGUCCUUUCUCUGUCCUUUCUCUGUCCUUUCUCUGUCCUUUCUCUGUCCUUUCUCCUGUCCUUUCUCUGUCCUUUCUCUGUCCUUUCUCUGUCUUUUCUCUGUCCUUUCUCUGUCCUUUCUCUGUCCUUUCUCUGUCCUUUCUCUGUCCUUUCUCUGUCCUUUCUCUGUCCUUUCUCUGUCCUUUCUCUGUCCUUUCUCUGUCCUUUCUCUGUCCUUUCAAAGAUAUAUCUAUCAUAAACGCAGGGCCUCCAGACACAAGUAAAAUCCCAAUUGCUGAUGCAGUGGGUGUGACUGUUGUGUUGUUGACUUGUUCCUACAAAAGCAAAGAAUUCAUUAGAGUUGGUUAUUAUGUGAAUAAUGAGUACAGUGACCCAGAACUGAGAGAGACUCCACCUGAGAUGCCAGUCUAUGAAAAGUUACAGAGAAACAUCCUGGCUACGUGUCCAAGAGUGACCAGAUUUAAAAUUGAUUGGGAUGACAAUCCUGAUAGUGAAAACAUUCCUCCAAUGCAGAAUACAGAAACUGAAUCAAAUCAAAUGUAUGAAGGAAAGUCAAAUGAUGAAUUGCUAAAACCUGUGUCUGCCUUUCAUGAAGACAGCAACAGUAUGCGAAUGGAAGCAGAAGAAAUGAUGGCAUAA